GUUGGAAGUGUGUUUAGACCUGGAAAGCAACUCUGUAUUUGCUAAUGCUGACUAACCGUAACUGAACCUGCUGAUCUAAUGUGUUGGUUUUCACUAACGUUCCCUAACUGCUCAGUAGAUUCGAACUCGAGUAACGUCUCAAUCCGGUUGAUCCCUGUCUGCUGACUUCUCUCGGGAAUGCCUGGAACUCCCUUCCCUGUGAGGACUUGGGAUAGGCUGAAGAACGUGGUUGUUCGGGUGACUAACUUGCCGUUUCUCAGCACUGCCUAUGAUAUGAUGACAUCUGUGUAUGGCAGCACGAAGGAAAAUCACCCCUAUCUGAAGUCUUUGUGUGAAGUUGCAGAGAAAGGUGUAACUGUCGUUUCAUCUGUAGCCAUCACCAGUGCUACACCAAUACUUCAGAAAUUGGAACCACAAAUUGCAUUUGCAAAUGGUUAUGCCUGCAAAGGACUAGACAGAAUUGAAGAGAAGUUACCUUUUCUCCACCAACCAACUGACCAGGUUGUUUCUAAGGUAAAAGAAAUUGUCACCCACACUGUUACUGGUACCAGGGAGACUGUGGCAAAUAAAAUUACUGGGGUAGUGGACAAGACAAAGGACACUGUCCAUGAGAGUAUUGAAAUAACCAAAGCUGUGGUGAAUGGCAGCAUGAACUAUCUAGUCGAAUCACGUAUGGGUAAAGCAUUGAGCAUUGGAGUAAAUUCAGCAUUGAAUAUUUCUGAAUUACUUGUAGAUCAUUAUCUUCCUCUGACUGAAGAUGAGCAAGCUACAGAAGAGAACAAGGGAACUAAUGGAUUUGAAAUCGAUCCUCUUAAACUGAGUCAUUUUGAGAGGCUGGGAUCACUUUCGACCAAAGUACGAAAGCGAACAUAUCAACAGGCCGUGGUCAAAGUUCACACUGCUAAGCAACGUGGUCAAGAGGCCAUUUCUCAACUGCACCAUACGAUUAAUCUAAUAGAGUAUGCCAGGGAAAAUAUGGGUACAGCAAAUAAAAAAAUCCAUGAUGCCCAGGAUAAGCUAUAUCAUACAUGGAUAGAAUGGAGGAAGUCUAACUUAGAACAUGAAGACCAUGAAUCUUGUGCAGCAGAGCAGGCUGAAUCACGUACACUGGCCAUUGCUUGGAAUCUGAGCCAACAAUUGCAGACAACCUGCUUUGUGCUCGUAAGCAGUGUUUGGGGUUUACCUCAGAAUGUUCAAGAACAGGUCCAGUACAUAAAUCUUCUGGCAAGAGAGAUGUAUUCCACUUUUAAGUCUAAAACAUCAUUCAGAGAACUGUCUAGCCAAAUCCUCUCCACAAGUAAGGAUCAGCUCACAAAAAUGAAGGACUCACUGGAUGGCCUGAUGGAUUAUUUGGUGAAUAACACACCUCUGAAUUGGCUGGUGGGUCCUUUCUACCCACAACUAACUGGGUCCCAAUAGGAAGGGGAGACUGAGACCAUGGGAAAGAUGUCAUCUGAGCAGGUGCGUACUUGUGAUGCUUGACCAUUAUUUGUUAUAGCAUCUGUUUCUGUUUAACCACCUUCUUGCCACAGAAGUUCCCUUUUCUGAUGGAAGAAGAUAAAAUAAAAAUCAAGAUUUGACA